CAGCCUGGAGCUGGUGAGGUCCCCAUAAAAGCUGUUUUCCUGCUCUUGCUUUUCCUUCCUGAGCAGUCACAGUGCUGCACAGACCUGGGCAGUAUGGAGCGAGCCCCCUGGACACACGUAGGACUCACUCUCCUCCAGCUUCUGCUCAUCUCCUGCUUCCCAAGAGAGUACACAGUGAUCAAUGAAAACUGCCCAGGUGCAGAGUGGAACAUCAUGUGUCGGGAGUGCUGUGAGUAUGACCAGAUUGAGUGCAUCUGCCCAGGACAGAAAGAAAGAGUGGGCUACACCAUCCCCUGCUGCAGGAAUGAGGACAAUGAGUGUGACUCCUGCUUAAUCCACCCAGGCUGCACCAUUUUUGAGAACUGCAAGUCCUGCCGCAACGGCUCCUGGGGAGGAAAACUUGACAACUUCUACAUCAAGGGUAUCUACUGUGCAGAGUGCAGAGCUGGCUGGUAUGGAGGUGACUGCAUGAGGUGUGGUCAGGUUUUUCGUGUUUCUCGUGGUCAGAUUUUGCUGGAGGGUUACCCCCUGAAUGCAAGAUGUGAAUGGACUAUCCAUGUUCCAGCUGGAUUUAACAUUGAAUUAAGAUUUUCCAUGCUGAGCCUGGAGUUUGACUACAUGUGCCAGUAUGACUAUGUGGAGGUCCGUGAUGGGGACAACUUGGACAGCCAAAUAAUUAAGAGAUUCUGUGGGAAUGAGAGGCCACCUCCCAUCCGAAGCACAGGCUCUUCACUCCAUGUCCUUUUCCAGUCUGAUGGAUCAAAGAACUUUGAUGGAUUUCAUGCUGUCUUUGAAGAAACUACAGCUUGUUCUUCAUUUCCAUGUCAUCAUGAUGGGACAUGCAUUCUAGACAAAAGUGGUACCUACAGAUGUGCCUGUCUGGCUGGCUACACAGGGAAGCACUGUGAAAACUUUUUAAUAGCAGGAGAGCACCAAAUUAAGAGGGAAGAAGACAGUCUAAUUAUUCUAGAUGAAAAAAACUGCUCAGAUCCUGGUGGCCCACUAAAUGGCUACAGAAGAGUAGUAGAAGACACUGGGCUCUUGAAUGGACACUAUGCAAAAAUUGGCACAGUCAUUGCUUUCUUUUGUAACAACUCGUAUGUUCUUAGUGGGAAUGAACAGAGGACCUGCCAAGACAAUGGAGAAUGGUCAGGGAAUCAGCCAAUCUGCAUAAAAGCCUGCAGAGAGCCAAAGAUCUCUGACCUGGUGAGACAGAAAGUGCUUCCAAUGCAGGUUCAGUCAAGGGAAACACCUUUGCAUCAACUUUACUCAUCUGCAUUCAGCAAGCAAAAGCUUGAAAUCUAUCCAACCAAGAAGCCAGCACUCCCAUUUGGAGACCUACCUGCAGGGUACCAGCAUCUGCACACUCAGCUUCAGUACGAGUGCAUCUCUCCUUUCUACCGCCGCCUGGGGAGCAGCAGGAGGACUUGUCUAAAGACAGGAAAAUGGAGUGGGAGAGCCCCUGUGUGUAUCCCAAUCUGUGGAAAAGCAGAAAACAUCACUCUUCAGAAGACCUCUAUCAGGUGGCCCUGGCAAGCAGCAAUUUACCGGAUGGUGAAUGGGAUGAAGGAGAAAAGUCUUCAGAAAGGGACCUGGAUCCUUAUCUGCAGCGGGGCCCUGGUGAACGAGCGCACGGUGGUGGCGGCAGCUCACUGUGUCACUGACCUGGGCAAGACCACUGUGCUCAACACAGCAGAGCUCAAGGUGGUUCUGGGGAAGUUCUACAGAGAUGAUGACAGGGAUGAAAAGACCAUCCAGAACCUGCAGAUUUCUGCCAUCAUCGUGCAUCCCAAUUAUGACCCUAUAUUACUUGAUUCUGACAUAGCUAUCAUAAAACUCUUGGACAAAGCCAGAAUCAGCAGUCACGUUCAACCAAUUUGCCUGUCAUCUGCUCAUGACUUGACUACAUCCACAGAAGAUUUAAAAAUAAUGGUUACUGGCUGGAAAGUCUUGGCUGAUAUUAAAGAUCCUGGGUACAAGAAUGACACAAUCCGCAUGGGAGCUGUUCAGAUGGUGGAUUCGCUGUUGUGUGAGCAGCAGUAUGAUGAUAAUGGGAUACAAGUCAGCAUCACUGACAGCAUGUUCUGUGCCAAGCAAGACCACACAGCCUUUUCUAAUAUCUGCCCUGCUGAGACUGGUGGGAUUGCAGCCAUAACUUUGCUGGGAAAAGCAUCUCCUGAGCUAAGGUGGCACCUGGUAGGAUUAGUGAGCUGGGGUUAUGAUAAAACUUGCAGCACGGGACUCUACAGUGGCUAUACCAAAGCUUUUCUCUUCAAAGACUGGAUUGAGAAGAACCUGAAAUAA